UCUCCAAAGUUGCCUAUGCCAUAAAUGUCCGAAGAUGGAUGCUUAUAGAGUCAGAGGCGCUGUCCAAGGUACUGCAUUCAGCUCCUCCCCGGUAGACAUCACGGAGAGACACGUGAUACGCUCCGUCUGUGGCUCCUGACAGUCGCUGGAUAAGCUCAACAGGGAGACCAGAUUGCACCUUCUCUUCCACAACGAUAACUGGAUUUACGCCCCCAUCCGUAGGUUAGUUUUCUCUUUAGUUGUGUUUUGUUCUUCAGUCUGGAAGCAAACUUGGAGGACGAAAUAUUUAAAGCCUUUUGGGACAGGGAUCUGCCUUGACAGACAGCUUCUUUUACUGAGCUUAUCAGCCACUGUAGCUCCAUAUGGCAUUUUUUCAUUACUACAGAGGAUUCAGGGUGAAGAUCCCUGAGCAAGGCUUCCAGUUACCCGCUGAAGAAUGUUGGCAUGAACGUGAAGAUUAAAGCUGCCAUUUCAACUCAAGUGAAACCGUGCACACUCUGACUGGCACCAGGAGGGACUGUUCCAUAAUUACAUAAAUUAGACUGAGUAUACACAAUGGAUAUUUGUAUCCUUGUCACUUUGCUCUAAAUAGCCAUGGCAGAGAGGACCUUUAAACAGUUCAAACUAUUUUGGCACAGACAGUGAGAGAUUUGGCCAGUGGCCUGAGCAAUGAGAGGUAAUGAUAUUUGAUCCAGGAAAUAAGUGUUGGCUAAGUCUAUUGCUAUGCAAAUAUAUUACAGCAUUUACAUUGUCUUGCAAUGCAUCAGUUCACAGCUGUAUAUCCAUGUAGACAAUCAAUCGUAUGCCAGUCUACUCUCAACCCAUCAUACCUCUCACUUAAACAAAGGUUCUUAUAAGUAAAUUUAACCCUAUAAGUCACUAUCUACCUACGCAAAAUUUGUGAUCACACAAUGGUUUUACAAAAGCCACAUGGUGCCCAUAUCAUAUGGGUUGGGCUGCUCAUUUGCUGCUUUGUAGAAAUAGGAACUUGUCUAGAAUUUACAGGUGCUGAGGGACAGUGGGCUAGAUUUCCAGUGUGGAAUGCAUGUUGUGAAAGUGAAAUGAGCUUCAACAUGAAAACGAAGAGUUCCCAUGGGCUGCUCGUUUACUUCGAUGAUGAGGGAUUUUGUGACUUUUUAGAACUUCUCAUACUGAACGGUAAACUCAGCCUUCGUUUCUCCAUCUUCUGUGCCGAGCCAGCAACCGUUGUAUCUGACACAGCUGUCAACGACAGCCAAUGGCAUGCAGUCAUGAUAAGGAGAAACUUUAAGAACACAACCUUAAUGGUGGACAGUGAGAUAAAGUGGGCCGAGGUGAAGUCAAAAAGACGGGAUAUGACUGUUUUCAGCCAUUUGUUUGUUGGUGGAAUACCACCGGAAUUACGAUCUGUGGCAUUACGAAUGACUUCAGCUGCAGUCAGGGAUCAGCUGCCUUUCACUGGCUGGAUAACAGACAUAAAGGUCAACAACACGGAGUCUGUAAUGAUCAACAGUGAAGGGGUCUUGAAGGACCUCUGUGGUGCAGCCAACAUAUGCUUAAAUGGAGGAGUCUGCAGUUUAAUUAACGAUGAGCCAUCAUGUGACUGCUCUCAGACAGGCUUCCAUGGAAAGGACUGCAGUGAAGAAGACAUCUAUACUGAAGGUCUGGCACACCUGAUGAUGGGCGACCAAGGUAAAAGUAAAGGAAAAGAAGAAUAUGUUGCAACCUUCAAAGGAUCUGAGUUCUUCUGCUACGAUUUGUCCUUGAACCCGAUUCAAAGCAGCAGUGAUGAAAUCACGUUGUCAUUCAAAACCCUACAGAGGAAUGGACUGAUGCUGCACACGGGAAAAUCAGCUGAUUACGUCAACCUGGCACUGAAAAAUGGGGCAGUCUCACUCGUCAUUAAUUUGGGGUCUGGAGCCUUUGAAGCUCUUGUGGAGCCAGUCAAUGGAAAAUUUAAUGACAAUGAUUGGCAUGAUGUCAAAGUAACAAGGAAUCUACGUCAGCACUCAGGCAUUGGACACGCUAUGGUAACAAUAUCCGUGGAUGGGAUUCUGACCACCACAGGAUAUACACAAGAGGACUACACCAUGCUAGGCUCUGAUGACUUUUUCUAUGUUGGAGGGAGUCCUAGCACAGCUGACCUGCCUGGAUCUCCGGUUAGCAACAACUUCAUGGGCUGCCUCAAGGAGGUUGUGUACAAAAACAAUGAUGUGAGACUUGAGCUGUCCAGGCUAGCCAGACAAGGUGAUCCCAAGAUGAAGAUCCAUGGUACUGUGGCCUUUAAGUGUGAGAACGUGGCCACUCUGGACCCCAUCACAUUUGAGACACCAGAGUCGUAUAUUAUCCUCAACAAGUGGAAUGCUAAGAAGACAGGCUCCAUCUCCUUUGACUUCCGCACUACAGAACCCAAUGGCCUUCUCCUCUUUAGCCAUGGCAAGCCCAAGCAGCAGCCAAAGGAUUCAAAGAGUCCCCAGACACUCAAGGUGGAUUUCUUUGCCAUUGAAAUGCUAGAUGGCCACCUAUACUUACUGUUGGACAUGGGCUCAGGAACUACAAAGACCAAGGCAGUCAAUAAGAAAGUCAAUGAUGGCGAGUGGUAUCACGUUGACUUCCAGCGAGAUGGCAGAUCAGGUACCAUUUCUAUCAACACCCUCCGUACUGCCUACACAGCCCCUGGAGAAAGUGAAAUCCUAGACUUGGAUGACAAUCUCUACCUCGGGGGUCUGCCAGAGAACAAAAUGGGGCUGGUGUUCCCCACUGAGGUGUGGACAGCAUUGCUCAACUAUGGCUACGUUGGUUGCAUCCGGGAUCUAUUUAUUGAUGGACAGAGUAAGGAUGUUCGCCGCCUGGCUGAGAUCCAGAAGGCUGCUGGGGUCAAGCCCUCAUGCUCUAAGGAGCCUCCCAAACAGUGUUUGAGCAACCCCUGCCAAAACAAUGGGAUCUGUAGAGAGGGCUGGAACCGCUAUGUGUGUGACUGCUCUGGUACUGGAUACCUGGGACGCUCCUGUGAAAGAGAGGCAACGAUCCUCAGCUAUGACGGCAGUAAGUUUAUGAAGGUCCAGCUGCCAGUGGUGAUGCACACAGAAGCCGAAGAUGUGUCUCUCCGCUUUCGCUCCCAGCGAGCCUAUGGCAUCUUGAUAGCCACCACAUCUCGGGACUCUGCUGACUCCCUGCGUUUAGAGCUGGAGAGCGGCCGCGUCCGCCUGACUGUCAAUUUAGAUUGUAUCAGGAUUAACUGUACCUCCAGCAAAGGUCCAGAGACUAUUUUUGCGGGUCAGAAUCUGAACGAUAAUGAGUGGCACACAGUACGUGUGUUCAGAAGGGGCAAGAGUUUGAAACUGACCGUAGAUGAUCUGCCAUCUGUAGAAGGUCAAAUGGCGGGAGACCACACCCAGCUGGAGUUCCAUAACAUUGAGACAGGCAUUGUGACAGAGAAACGCUUCUUGUCCAUGGUGCCGUCCAACUUCAUUGGCCAUCUCCAGAGCCUGUCCUUCAAUGGCAUGGCCUACAUAGACCUCUGUAAAAAUGGUGACAUUGAUUACUGUGAGCUCAAUGCCAUGAUUGGUUUCAAGAACAUCAUUGCUGACCCCGUCACCUUUAAGUCACGCUCCAGCUAUGUGACCCUGACCACUCUGCAGGCCUACUACUCCAUGCACCUUUUCUUUCAGUUCAAAACCACCUCUUCCGACGGGCUCAUCCUGUAUAACAGCGGCGAUGGAAAUGACUUCAUUGUGGUGGAGCUGGUCAAAGGAUACCUGCACUAUGUGUCUGACCUGGGGAACGGAGCUCACUUGAUCAAAGGCAACUCCAACAAGCCCCUGAACGACAACCACUGGCACAAUGUCAUAAUUUCCAGGGACACCAACAACCUCCACACUGUCAAGAUUGAUACCAAGAUCACUACACAGACAACUGCAGGAGCCAAAAACCUGGACCUGAAAGGUAACCUUUAUAUCGGUGGAGUGGCUAAAGAGAUGUACAAGGAGCUGCCUAAGCUGGUGCAUGCCAAGGAGGGUUUUCAAGGCUGUCUGGCAUCAGUGGAUCUGAAUGGGCGGCUCCCAGACUUGAUGUCAGAUGCUCUGGACUGUGUGGGACAGAUAGAGAGAGGAUGUGAGGGCCCCAGCACCACAUGCCAAGAGGACUCAUGUGCCAACCAGGGUGUGUGUCUGCAGCAGUGGGAGGGCUUCAGCUGUGACUGCAGUAUGACGACAUUCGGAGGACCGCUGUGUAAUGACGCGGGAACAACGUACAUAUUUGGGCGAGAUGGUGGACUGAUCACAUACACGUGGCCACCAAAUGACCGUCCCAGCACAAGGGCAGACCGGCUAGCCAUCGGUUUCAGCACGCACCUGAAGGAUGCUGUCCUGGUCAGGGUGGAUAGCUCCUCCGGCCUUGGAGACUUCUUGAAACUACACAUCGAAAAAGGAAACGUUGCUGUUGUAUUUAAUGUCGGAACAGACGACAUUAACAUUGAGGAAACGUCAAAGUUUGUAAAUGACGGAAAGUACCAUAUAGUGAAGUUUACGCGGAGUGGGGGUAAUGCCACUCUGCAGGUGGAUGACCUGCCAGUCAUUGAGCGCUACCCCACAGGCAGCAAUGAUAACGAACGCCUGGCGAUUGCUAGACAGCGAAUCCCAUACCGACUUGGUCGAGUAGUUGACGAAUGGCUACUCGACAAAGGGCGACAGCUUACAAUCUUCAACAGCCAAACCACUAUACAGAUUGGGGGCUGGGAACGAGACCGGAGCCGAUCCUUUCAGGGCCAGCUUUCAGGCCUCUACUAUAAUGGCUUGAAGGUGUUCAACAUGGCCGCAGAGGGGGAUCCCAACAUUAGGAUCCAGGGCAGCGUGCGGCUUGUGGGGGAGUCGCCCUCCUCUAUAACACCGCAGUCGAGCACAACAGCCAAUCGCUCUGAGACGUCCACAUCUAUCAUGGAGAUCACCACCACCACGGCAUCCAGCAAGCGAGUCAAGCAGACGACACCAAGAGAGCCUCAGCAGACAACCGAUGACUUUCUGGUUGCCUCAGCCGAGUGUCCGAGUGACGAUGAGGACAUUGAUCCCUGUGAGCCGAGCUCAGCCAACCCGACCGGUGCUGCACCAAAGGGUUACCCAGGCACAUCGGAGGUCUUCAGGGAGUCCAGCAGCACAACAGGGAUGGUGGUCGGCAUUGUAGCAGCAGCAGCACUGUGUAUUCUCAUCCUGCUGUAUGCAAUGUACAAAUACCGGAACAGAGACGAAGGUUCAUACCAUGUAGACGAGAGUCGCAACUACAUCAGCAACUCGGCGCAGUCCAACGGCACCAUAGUCAAAGAGAAACCAGUCAACACCGCAAAGACCUCAAGCAAGAACAAGAAGAACAAGGACAAGGAGUAUUACGUGUGAUUGUCACAGCUUUGGUCUUUGCCAGACCAAUUGAAACAUUUAUCAAAAACACAAAUCAGGACCUCAACACGUGUACAGUAUAAUAACAAAAAUGAACAUUAUUUAGUCAGUUUUUUUUCCUAUAAGACAAUGCUCUGAAAAGUAAAUAUGAAAAAUGAAAAAUAACUUUAGACUUGAGACAAAAAAAAUAUACACUCCAGAAAAAGACUGACAUGAAAAUGGCUCUGGUGACCAAUUACAAUUGAACUGAUUGCAUAUCUAACAUGUCAACCAAACAGCAUAACCCAUCUGUGACUUGUUUCCUCGACCAGGAUAAUAUGAUCUAACUCCCUUGUUUCUGGUAAACAGAGGAGCACAAAUUACCAUCUUUUCAUUCCAUUGCCUGUGUUUGUGUUGUUGAGACUUUCUUCCUAGAAAAAAAUGACACAAUGCAUAAAUAAAUACAUACAUAAACACAUCAAACAUUUACCGUGGAUGAAAAGUAAAGAAAAGCUGGUGAUGAUGAAUUCAAAGAGAAAAAAUAAAUCCCUGAUGGAUGUUGGUGGAAUCAGCCAAGGUCCUGACCAGAGAGUGACUGAUAGUCGGCACAGACUAAUACUUGGCUAACUGAGCCCCCGCAGUGUGAAGAUGACAGUGGGCGGCUGUUUCUCUUGAAGGACGAUUAAAAGAAGAUUAUGUCCAUUGUGCCAGUACGAAAUCUGGAGGCCUUUGUUUUCACAUCAUGUGAAUUCAACAGAAGGUUUCCUCUGAAUCCUGAGGAUGUCUCGAAAGUGAUCAUUCGGGAGCCAUGCACGCAAAAUUAUCUUAUAACAGUACAUAUGUUUAUAUACAGUACAUCUAUAUGUGCUUUCUGGACUGUGACAAAGUGGUGUUUUAUAGCCUGUUGUAUAGAUGAUGCAAACUAUAACUGCUCCUCAACCAUUUUGGAAUAAAACUAUAAAAGGACAAAAAGAAGACAUAAGUGUUAUUAAGUGUUGCUAGUCAUAGAGGAUUUUAUGAGGACAUCUGCAUUUUUUCAGUUGAAUAAUAAUUUGAUUCUCCCCUGUUUUUACAUGUGUUCCUAAAUAGUUUUUAUACAAAUGCCAACCUGAGAUAGAUGAUCCUGGACCAACAGUAGCCUAACUGUUCCCAGAAACUCCAUAAGGCACUGAUAGCAGAGGUGCAUGGAUUUUUUAAGGAUACUGGUAGAAUCACUGCCUUCCUCUUCAGUCCUGACUUAGAUGAGUGAGAAUGAAGACCAAGAAUAUGAGCACUGAUGGUGAAUAAUGAUGAUAAUUAUGAUAAAUUAACUUGCUGUGUGUAUUUCCAAGUGGUAUUAUAAGAUUGUCCGAUGUGCUUGGGCUGAUGCAAAACCUGAGGAGAAUAGCUCAGAUACGUCUCCAUUCCAACUGUUCUGUGUUUGUUCUGUCAUUCUGUCAGUCAGCUCUCCUUUCCAGAGACCUGUACUUGGAAUGAGUAUGAGGAAAAAUGACUAUGAACUAUAAAUGAUAAUUAUAAAUUCUAUUUGUUUGCUCCUCUUUUAUUUCCUCUUGAGUGUUUUAUGUUUAACUGUAACUCCUUCUUGUACCCCAUAUAAAAAUCAAGUAUAAAGUCUAGUUUUGAAAAAUAAAAUAUUACCUAAGUGAACUUAAACCAGUCUAUUGGAACAUGCAGGUAUUAUGAUUUGCAUUUUGUUAUUGAGCUGAUGGCCUUUACAACAUUAAAAGCAUUAAAAGAGUAUGUGUGGCUCACAAGGCACAGUUUUUGGCAUCUUCUCCUUCUUUGCCAAAACACAGGAUCUAUAGUACAUUACCCAAAAUGCAACUCAACUGCUGGAGUUCAGUGGGAGAUUCUGGUGUGUACUGAUAGUGGUGGCUAAUGUAGCCUAAAAAAGUUUAGGCUCGACUGCACAUGUAAAAAUCUACAGUGGCUGAUUCACGGAGAUGUUCAUGUGUCACACAAAGUAUGUGUGAGUCAAAUGUGAAGUAUUUAGAGUCUGAUUCAAGUGCAAAGUCUUUGGGUGAAGAGUCUGAGUCACAUCUCAAGUCUUUAAAUUGGAGUCUAAAUCAAGUCUCAAGUCUUUAAUGUUUUCAAGUUAAUGAGCAUUAUAUCCAGUGUAUUAACUAAUAAAGGUUUAUAGUGGGUUAAGACUGUGUUCCACUGAGCUCCCACAGACCAUCAAACUUUUCCCAUGUUGAAUUCUAUGAACCUGGAGAUAAAUAUGGAAACUGAAUCUAAAUCUACUGAUAUUGUGCCCUUCCAAGGCAAACUGCACGCAGAGUGCAAAACCUUU